GCAGAAUCAAAUUGUUCUGCUGCCUAAACCUGGGCGGCCUGUGGGUUGCUGCUGGGCUGCACGGCUCCUCGCAUCCACUGGGAGGUGGAUGCACACCGGUGCUCCCAGCAGACUGUGCUUGCUGGGAAGCUGAAGCAGGGGCAGCAUGUAGCCGGGUCUUGGGACAGCAGUGUGGAGACACGGGACUUGGCAUGAGCUGCAGGUAUGUUGGUUCUGCGUGGUUUUCCUCCCUGCCGCAGCGGUGAUCAGCCCUCUGGGCACAGCUGAGCAUCUGCCCGCUUCCCCUCCAGCUGCCUUGAGCAGGCUGCAGCAUUCAGAGAGGAGGAGGAGGCUGACCUUCAGCCUCUGGCUGUGGGGAACAAACAGCGCUCUCUUUACAGUGCCAAGCGAAUUGCUGGAGAAGAGUAGCACAGAAUAAACAAAAACAAUUGAAUGCCACAGCCUGGGGAGAGCAGGUGCAGUGAGACCACUUCAAACUGUGCACAAAAGAUUUUACAAGUGAGCCUUUGAAAAAUGACCGGGGAAAAGAAAAAGUGGCAUAAUUAAUGUAUCAGCUGCAGUGCAAAUGUCUCAAACAAGUAACAUUUUAAAAAGAGAACUCUGCUUUGUGUGUGAACUUAAAUCAACACUUGUCCUGCCUGAAAUUCUUUUGUGCUGACUGCCGGGAGAGCUUGGAUUUUGGAAGUGUAUUUUCUAAUGUUGCAGAGCAAUGCCAUCUAGGGCAUAGGGCCUUACAGUUACCAACAGGAAUGCUAUCCAUCCUUGGUGACAGAGGUUCCUGGACUGAAUAUUUAUAAUUGGUUCAUCACAUCUGCAUUAGAUCUGUUGAAAUUUGUUUGUUUUCAAUAUCUGCUUCCAGUUUUCUGGAUUAUGCUCAGUGUCAGGUAUCAGUGGGUUGUUUUGUCACAACUGGAACAUAAUGAAUUUCUGGAUAUGCCUUAUUUCCUCCUUAAAUCCUCUUGGUAGCUUUCAUGCGUGCAGCUCAGCAGGGUUUAUUGAUGGUCUCUCUAAUCUUCAGCUACUCAAAGAAUCUGCCUUGGCUGUGGUUAGAGCUGCAGUCCACUUGGGCAGUAGAUUAAAAUAUUAAACCAAACAGGCCAGAUCUUGUCAUCCUCACCCAAAGCUACUUUCUGUGUGGUUGAGGCUCUCCUCUUCAAACCAAGCUGCCUCUAGAGUGCUGGUCUGUGUUAGCUGAACACACUCCAAGAACCUGGCCUGGUCACAGCCUGUCCUCCCUCCUGGCUAAUGCAGCUCUCUCCAGGCUGAAGUGCCAAACACAAGGUAACAAUCUGCUGUGUUUGGUGGAGGACUGUGGCGGUAAUGACUUAUGAACCUGGACUCAUGGGCACAUUUUGGUACCAUCUCUUCCUCUUGCCUCCUGCCAUUUGAAUUCAUAAUGCUUGGCCUUUCCAGGGAAUGGUAGCAAUAUUUAGUGGCACUUUAGACAAAUACCGUUUGUCUCUGAAGUGGGUUUUGUUCUAUAUACAUGAGUUUGCUUCCCAUUAGGGAAGAGCAGGUGCUUUAGCUCUCGAACCAAUCUCAGGACAUUCUUCAAACUCCCAAGGCCAUACACCAGGUUCUAGACCAGCCAGCUUCUGCCUGCUUCUGUGAGAGUUACAUUUGCAGCUGAUCAUCCUCAAGUUACUGGUCUUGCAUGACUUCAUUGUUUUUACAAGCAGCUCCAAACCAAAGGCAAAAAAUUUGACUACAAUUUGAAAUCAUACUAGGAAAUGUUAGUACUUCCACUAAUAAACACAAGAGCUUUUAAUGUAACUGCAGGAAUUCUUUUCCCCCCACUGGAAUAAUGGCAUUCUUGUUUCUAUCUGAGCAUAGAGGGGGCCUGAUUCUCCUCCAGGUUUGUAGUGGUCUGGUUUGGCUGCCAAGAGGUAACAAAGCAAAUGCCUGCUGCCGCCUUAGAACAGCAUUGUCUGUGGGCACUCCAAGUCUGGGGAAUGGUUAUAAUGGAGAAGCAUAAAGUACAUUAGUAACUGAAUUUUUGUAGGGUCUAGUUAAACAGCGCACUGUCAAGACUUGAUGCUGAAGUAACAAAUAAUUGGCUCAUCACAGUUCUCCCUAAUGAUCUGUUGUCCCAUAAAUUGGUAUGGUGUAUGUCACUCCUUACUGUAACUGGAGAUCUGGAGCACAGAUGACUUUAUUUAGAAAAUAAUUUUAAAGCCAGGCUACAAACACUGUGUUUUUCCCUCUUCAGUCUAAAGAUAAAAGGAUGAAUCACAGUCAUUACUUUCCUGCAAGUUAAGACAGCUGUGAGAGUAAGACUGGAAAUACCACCCUGGUAUUUUUCGAAUGUGGUGACAGCAUGCUGGUUUCUGCCAGGUCUCCAUCCACCAUAGUGAAGGCAGAGGCUGGUUUACUCAGUAGCUGGUACUUCCAAGUCCAAACUUGGAUCAACUCAAUUUGCUGUGCUUCAGUGGUGUGUCAGAGGCAGCAGCAGGGAUGCUGAACUCGGGUGCACUGGGGAAAUUCCUUACCGAAACACAGCUCCUACCACUGCUUCUCUCCUACCCACACAGUGCCACCUAAAAAAAAGAUACGUGUUCAGCAGCAGGAUCAGAAUAUGGUUCUGAUCACUCCCAAGUUCCUGAGGAUUAUUCACAGCUGGUGUCAGGCACUCAUCAUCUCCCUUGACAGAGAUCUCAUCACUACUGCCAUGUUACUUUGGCUUGGACUGUAGAGAAAGGAAUAGCUUUUGGCAUAUACACAGCUGGAAUGAGCUUUCAUUGGCAGCUGGAGGCUCAUUAUUGCACCUCCCUUCUUGCUCCCUGAGCUAGUGAGGCUAAUGGUGAGGAGAUGGAUGAGAGGCCAUGGCCCUCACAUCUUCCUUACACAGUGCUCGGAGAGGGCAAGACGUGUGUGGUGGUUCUCUGUUGCUCUGACUCUGCAGGGGCUUUCUGAGAAACUUGGGCUUCUGCUGCACGCCUUCUUUCGGAGCUGAGAUGUCCCAAGUGUUUGCACAUCCCCGUAUAAGUACACAUUCUGUUUAAAUACUGUUGUCCAAAAAAUCUCAAAAAGAGAAGGAAGGUAAAAGGUAAGUGAUGCUGAGCGGGAAAUACAGUUAUGCAGCUUUUCCACUUCUUAAUUUCCUGUCUGGUCAGGAAGUUUAGCUGUUGUUAGCUCUCUCAUCAGAACCCCACCAUGGAGAUCUGUGUUGAGGUGAGGGAGUGUUGGAAAGCUGUUGGCUAGAUCUACCUUCACUGGACAAGGCUGAGAGAAAGGGAAGAGGUGGAACAAGGGGAGAUCCUGCCUCACUCUAUGUUGUGGGGCAACAGAACAGGACAAAGAACAACUCAGGAUCCCUAUACUAGCCUAGCUACAAAAAACUAGUCUUGCAGAAAAACUAGGUGGCUCAGUUCCGUGGGGUUUUGUUCACUUGUUGGUUAGCAGGGUUUUUUGGUGGUUUAUUUUCUUGGUAUGUGUGUAAUUAUGUUCCCUCUGAUAUGUUCACACUGUAUGAAAAAGUAAUCGGGAAAAGUAAACAAAACAUCUUGGUCUAUUUUGCUCUUAAGCAGUUUUUGCUGUGCCUCCCUCAUGCAGUUUGAUUCCCAUCUCUCUUCUCCCUUGCUAUAAGGAACAGCUGAGUGCAAAUCAGAACAAGAAACCCAGCCUGAAGCCAAAAGUACAAUACACAUAAUGCUGCCAAGGGUAAGAUUUGGAAUGCACUGAAGUAAUCGCCAUCACAUGCUACAAAAUGAAACAGGCAUUAUGUUUUCAGGUGAGAAAAGGUCACUCUGAAGUCACUGGUGGCCAUGACCUGGUUGUGGAGGCUGGGGUGGAUGCACUUCCAUGGCUGGGAGAUGGCACAGCUGUUCCUGUAGUGCAGCAGCAGCAGCAGCGUGUUCAGCUCUCAGGAGAGAGAUCCAAGCGACUCAGCUCUGUCUUUUCCUGUGGUGCAGUUUCUCUUCUCACUCCCACAGAGCUCACAGCAGUGUGACAGGCGUCUAGGGCAGGAGCCAGAGCAAGAGGAAAGUGUCUCGACGCAGGAAUCUUGGCUGCCAUGGGAGAAGCUAGCCAAAGGAAUUAACAGUUUCUGCUCCUUGCUGCAGCUGCCACAGUGUGACAAUAGAUAAGCAAGUCUAUGUUCUAUCCCUGUGGUAUCUGCUCAGGACACUGGAGAUCUGUCCCCGGUACUGUGCUUUUCCUUGGUACCUGGGAGGUGAUUUUUAUAGCUAAAGUACAUACUGCCCUGGCCCAGCCAACCCCACAUUCCAUGGGAAAGCUUCCCUCACCUCUCCAUGGUUUAUAACACAACAGAGCAGCAGCUCGGGGAAGGCUCUAUGCCAGUCUUGUCCAGACUAGUCAGGUGCUCAGGGGCAUCCAACCUUAAAUUAUUCUGCCUGCACAUUGGUCUCUGGCCUACACCCAUAUGAUGAGAAACACAGCCCAGCUGCUGAGGGCUUGGAUAAAAACCCUGCUGUUCUGCAGGCUUACUGUACAUAUAGGAAACCAUGCCAAGGCUAUCUCACAGCUGGAUUGAGGUGAGCGAUCUCAGGGAUAAAUACGAAACACAAGCCAUGAAACUUGAUGCCAUAUCUCAGAUUCUUCAAAGGCAAAGGCUUUUCCAGUGAAUUUUUUCCAGUCCUGAUAGCUCAGUUCCGCUCUAGUUUGACAGGGCUGGCUAUGUCCUAACCUGCCUCUUGUUUACCCCCUUUUCUUCUCUUGUUUUCCUCUGUGGCUGGCAGUUCAUCUCACUGCUCUCAAAUGUUUGGCUGGGUGAGGGGAGCAGAAGUGUCUUCCCCUCCCUCUGUAAAAGGGUAGCUGAGGGCUCUGAUGGCUCUACCAAACCAGGCACUGCAAAGCUGGACUUCAGUUCCGUCUUCUAGGCUCCUGAAGAAAUACCAGCAGCUCACAUUGGACUGAGACGUUAGUCACGAUAUAGCUUGUAUUAAAUGCAUUUUAAUGUCCCAGUUCUGUGUGAUAUUCAUGCAGAUGCAGCCAUUGCCAGAGGCCCUGGAGACGCCUUGUAGAGUUCAUCACUGCUGCCACAAUCGGCAAGCAGGACUGCUUCAGCUCGUGCCAGAGUUCACCCCGCUCUAAAAAGGCAGCUAUAGAUUGCGUGGAAGCUGCAGCAACAGGAGCUGCUCAGCGGGGCCAACCAGGGCUCUUGAGCCUGUAGAUAAAUGGGAACUUUCAUGGACGACAUGGAUUAAUAUAAAAAUCACCUUCUUGGACAUGAGACAGCAUUCCUUUGUCCUGCCUCUUCAAAGCUAGCGCAGCUGAUUGGAUGAGGAGUGCGCAGAACAGAAUUUCCGCCAGGUAUUUGCGUGACAGCAGAAGCCCUGGGGGUGAACAGGACAGUGCUGGCCGGAGCCCUUACUCCCUCAGAGGAUAGCUUGAGGUAACAGGUGCCUGGUCAGGUGCUCAGUGCAAAAGCCAGAUGCUGUGGCACAGGGGCUUUCUCCUGUGUGGAGCGGUCGACGGAAUUCCCAGCUGUUGUGUUCCAGCCCAACCUGCGUGCCUGAGCUACUGUGGCAAGGUGUUGCCAUGUACUCCAGCUUUGUGCUGGCUCUGAGAUCAAGGCAUACAGUGGAGUCUUCUCAGGGAAGAUGUCGUCUUUGACAAUGAAAACCCGUUGUGUGGACAAAAGAGGAAGUUUCUUUAAGCUCAUUGACACAAUUGCCUCAGAAAUUGGAGAACUGAAACAGGAGAUGGUGCAGACAGAUCUCACUGUGGAAGAUGAACCUGCUGAUUGGCAAAGUCUUAUAAAGGACAUGGAUAAUGUCUCUCCUGAGAAAAAUGAUGUAAAAAGCUGCCCCCGGGACUCUGGAUAUGACAGCCUAUCCAACAAACUAAGCAUAUUGGACAAGCUCCUCCAUACUCACCCUGUGUGGCUGCAGCUUGGUCUGAGUGAUACUGAAGCCAUGGAAAUUUUGCAGAGACAGCCUCCUGGGAUAUUUCUGGUUAGGAAAUCCGCAAGGCUGCAGAAGAAAGUCAUCUCUCUGCGCCUCUCUGGUGACUGUGGGGCCUGCCUGAAAGAAUUUGCCAUAAAAGAAAGUACAUACACGUUUUCCUUGGAGGGGUCUGGGAUAAGUUUUGCUGAUUUGUUCAGACUCAUUGCUUUCUACUGUAUUAGCAGGGAUGUCCUUCCAUUCACACUGAAGUUGCCUCAUGCAAUUGCUGCAGCAAAGACAGAAGCUGAACUUGAAGAGAUUGCUCAGCUUGGACUGAACUUUUGGAGCUCCCUGGCUAACAGCAAACCCCCGGAUCCUUCACCUCCCUGUAGGCCUGUGCCUUUGGACAGUGCUCAGAAAAACUCACGCCAGCUCUGCCUUAUAAAUGGAGUGCAUUCUAUACGAACCAGAACGCCUUCAGAGCUGGAGUGCAGCCAGACCAACGGAGCGCUGUGUUUCAUUAAUCCCCUCUUCUUGAAAGUGCACAGCCAGGAUGUCAGUGGAAGUCUGAAAAGGCAGAGCCCGAGAACUCCAGACGUGAAUGGCACAGCGAGGCCUCGCUCCCCCCCGCCCCGGCCGCCACCUCCUGCUAUUAAUAGCAGCCUCACGAGCCCACAGAUUUCCAGGACUAUAAAGCAGGCGAGCAUGCCAGAAACAGUCAACCAUAAGAAGGAGAGAGGCUUGGAUUUGCUGCAGAACAAGCCCACCCCAAUACCGCCUCCUCGGCUGAAGAAGCAGGCUGUGUGCUCCGAGGCAGACGGUGCCUCCAGGAGUGCGGUGCCGCUCCGGCCUGGCUCCGUGCGUGUGCCCGAGGCAGCUGCCAUUCCAGGUGAAACCCUGCCUGAGCCGGCUCCAGCAGCUCCCAGAAAGACGCCGGCUGCCAUCUCUGAGUCACACAUCCCGUGGAAUGGAGGCCGGCAGAGACUGAGCGACAUGAGCAUUUCCACCUCCUCGUCUGACUCGCUGGACUUCGAUCGGAGCAUGCCACUCUUCGGCUAUGAGGGGGACACCAACAGCAGCCUGGAGGACUUUGAGGGGGAAAGUGACCAGGAGAGCAUGGCACCCCCUUUGAAGCCCAAGAAGAAAAGAAGCAGUUCGUUUGUUCUCCCCAAGAUUGUGAAAUCUCAGCUACGGAAAGUCAGCGGAGUUUUCAGUUCCUUCAUGACCCCCGAGAAGAGGAUGAUUAAGAAAAUUGCAGAGAUGUCCCGGGACAAACGCACCUAUUUUGGGUGCUUAGUACAGGACUAUGUCAGCUUUCUCCAAGAAAACAAGGAGUGCCAUGUUUCGAGUACUGAUAUGCUGCAAACAAUUCGUCAGUUCAUGACCCAAGUCAAGAACUAUUUGUCCCAAAGUUCCGAACUUGAUCCCCCAAUUGAAUCACUGAUUCCAGAAGACCAAAUAGAUGUUGUGCUGGAGAAGGCCAUGCAUAAGUGCAUUCUGAAGCCGUUGAAGGGUCACAUUGAAGCGAUGUUGAAAGAGUUUCAUACCACGGAUGGUUCCUGGAAACAACUGAAGGAAAACCUGCAGCUGGUGCGGCAGAGGAAUCCUCAGGAACUGGGCGUGUUUGUUCCAACACCAGACUUUGUGGACAUUGAAAAGAUUAAAGUCAAGUUCAUGACUAUGCAGAAGAUGUAUUCACCUGAAAAGAAAGUCAUGCUGCUGCUGAGAGUUUGCAAACUGAUUUACACUGUUAUGGAGAAUAACUCAGGGAGGCUGUACGGAGCUGAUGACUUCUUGCCUGUGCUGACGUAUGUGUUAGCCCAGUGUGAUAUGCUGGAGCUGGAUACUGAAAUCGAAUACAUGAUGGAGUUGCUGGAUCCAUCCUUGCUCCAUGGAGAAGGAGGCUAUUACUUGACAAGCGCUUAUGGAGCACUUUCACUCAUCAAGAACUUCCAGGAAGAACAAGCUGCCCAGCUGCUCAGUUCAGAGGCCAGGGAUACUCUCCGACAGUGGCACAAGAGGAGGACAACAAACAGGACAGUACCUUCAGUUGAUGAUUUUCAGAACUACCUUCGUGUUGCAUUCCAGGAAGUUACCAGUGGCUGUACAGGAAAGACUUUGCUAGUAAGGCCAUAUAUCACUACCGAAGACGUAUGUCAGCUUUGUGCUGAGAAGUUUAAAGUGGCAAACCCAGAAGAAUACAGGCUGUUUCUUUUUGUUGAUGACACCUGGCAACAACUGACAGAGGAUACCUAUCCUCAGAAGAUCAAGGCAGAGUUGCACAGCCGUCCACAGCCCCAGGUCUUUCACUUUGUCUACAAACGCAUUAACAGUGACCCAUAUGGGGCCAUCCUUCAGAACAGCAACGACUCGGCUGCUUAAAAUCAGCAACUUGUCAUUUUUAUGUCUGUUUCUUGGUAAUUGUUACAAACAUCUUUGUUGGCUGCCUUCCUUAGGAGCUAAAACAUGCCUUAAACCGUAAGUGCCUGGUAAAACACAUGCUGACAUUUCUGACAUUGCUUACAGGACGCAGGCGCACGGCGCAUGUGGCCAGUUAAGCAGAAUAUUCCACCAGCAUGUCUGGGGAGACAGCCCACGAGGCUGCAUUUCUUGUACCACAGGCUCUUCUACAUCAUAUUCUACUGUGGGCCUUCACAGGUCUUGGCUGUAGUGUGCAAAAUACAAUUUUCUUCCACUUGUUGUUUCCACAGCUGUCAUUUGGAUUUGAAUCCAUGUGCAAGAUGAGUCUGUGAACUGGCCGGGAUGAGCUCAGUUCCGCCAGCAGGAGGUUGACAAGACUGUCCGAUGCAGGGCAUCACUUCACUCAGCAUUACCUGGAUGGUUGCAUCCUUGUCUAAUUUUUUUGAUUACAGAAAAUCACCAUGUCUAUAUAUAUAUAUAUAUAUAUAUAUAUAUGUAUGUAUGUAUGUAUGUAUAUGUAUAUAUAUAUAUAAAAAUAAAAAAAUAGAUAUUUUAUAGCAGUUGCAGGUAAACUGUCAGGGUUGGUUUUUGAAAUAUUUUUUUAACUAUAAAAUAUUCUAUAAUUAUGCAUGUGAUUUUUAACAUUUAAUACACAAGAAUAAAUCUCUUGCUGGUUUUAGAGUCUUGCAUUGAAAGUCUGUGUGGUUUCUCUUCUUUCCCUGUUCCAGAAGAGUUCUUAGGAAACUUCUGUACCCUCAAGGCAGUUUUGCUGUAUGUUCUCAAUUGUCUUCUGAAAAUUAUACCAUUUUAUUCAUUGUGCUGUGCAAAGCA